CCUGGGUAGUCGUGAGUUAUACAGCUUAUUUAUUUUCAUUGUGCUUGCUUAGUAUUUAUAUUUACAUGCUAUACAACUCUACAACCUGCAGCCUUGGUUGUCCUAAACACCUAGAAAUGGAGUGUACACAGUGCAGGACAUAAUUAGUGAGCUGCGACUUUCACAGCUAUUCCAGAAAGUUACUGGAGCAACGUAUGUGGACACAACAUGUUUACAGCACAUCUCCUGGGGCAUAGUUUAUUCCACUGACCAGAAACUGCAACCGUCUACCGAGGUUCUGGAAGUGAAUGUACAAUAGAUUGGGCUAAAAGUAGAAAAUGGCUUCAAAAUCAGAAGAUGAUUACUGCUGUCCUGUGUGCUGUGAUAUUUACACAGAUCCUGUUAUCACAUCAUGCAGUCACAGUGUAUGUAAGGCCUGUCUGCAGCAGUUCUGGAAGAGCAAAGGAUACAGAGAAUGUCCAGUCUGCCGAAGAAAACUGUCCAAAGAUGCAGCUCUUAACUUAGCUUUGAGAAAUGUGUGUGAGGCAUUCCUAAAGGAGAGGAGUCAGAGAGCUUCAGCAGGGUCUGAGGUGCUCUGCAGUCUGCACAGUGAGAAACUCAAGCUCUUCUGUCUGGAGGAUAAACAGCCUGUGUGUCUGGUGUGUCGAGACUCCAAAAAACACACUGGUCACAAGUUCCACCCAAUAGAUGAAGCAGCACUUGAUCGCAAGGAGGAGCUGAAGACUGCACUGCAGCCACUACAGAAGAAGCUGAAAUCACUUGAAGAGGUGAAGCUCAUCUGUGAUAAAACGGCUCAACACAUCAAGACUCAGGUUCUCAACACAGAGAAGCAGAUCAAGCAGGAGUUUGAGAAGCUUCACCAGUUUCUACGAGAUGAAGAGGCAGCCAGGAUAGCUGCACUGAAGGAGGAAGAGGAGCAGAAGAGUCAAAUGAUGAAGGAGAAGAUUGAGAAGAUGAGCAGAGAGAUCUCAUCUCUUUCAGACACAAUCAGAGCCAUAGAGGAGGAGAUGGAAGCUGAUGAUGUCACAUUCCUGCAGAACUACAAGAACACAGUGGAAAGAGCCCAGUGCACACUGCAGGAUCCAGAGAGGCUUUCAGGAGCUCUGAUCAAUGUGGCAAAGCACCUGGGCAACCUGAAGUUCAGAGUCUGGGAGAAGAUGCAGGAGAUUGUUCAAUACACUCCUGUCAUUCUGGAUCCCAACACUGCACACCCACGACUCAUCAUGUCUGAAGAUCUGACCAGUGAGGAGCUGAAGACUGCAUUGCAGCCGCUUCACAAGAAGCUGAAAUCGUUUAAAAAGGUGAAGAAGAUCUGUGAUAAAACAGCACAACACAUCAAGAGUCAGGUUCUCCAAACAGAGGGACAGAUCAAGCAGGAGUUUGAGAAGCUUCACCAGUUUCUACGAGAUGAAGAGGCAGCCAGGAUAGCUGCACUGAAGGAGGAAGAGGAGCAGAAGAGUCAGAUGAUGAAGGAGAAGAUUGAGAAGAUGAGCGGAGAGAUAUCAUCUCUCUCAGAUACAAUCAAAGCCAUAGAGGAGGAGAUGGAAGCUGAUGAUGCCACAUUCCUGCAGAACUACAAGAGCACUGUGGAAAGAGCCCACACUGCUGGCACACUGCAGGAUCCAGAGAAGCUUCCAGAAGGAGCUCUGAUCAAUGUGGCAAAGCACCUGGGCAACCUGAAGUUCAGAGUCUGGGAGAAGAUGCAGGAGAUUGUUCAAUACACUCCCGUCACUCUGGAUCCCAACACUGCUUACUCGGUGCUCGCCCUGUCUGAGGAUCUGACCAGUGUGACAUGGGGUAGUGAGAUCCAGCCGCUUCCUGAUAACCCGGAGAGGUUUGACGGGUGCGGCAUUUUGCUGGGCUCUGAGGGCUUCAACUCAGGGUCACAGUGCUGGGAUGUGGAGAUUGGGGAGAGUAAAGACUGGGCCCUGGGUGUGAUGAGUGAGUCUGUCCAGAGGAAGGGCGACGUUGGCGAUGCGAGAGGUCAGUGGGGAGUGGGGUGUAAUGAUGUCUACAUGGCAUGCGCUCCGCCGGAAGAGACCAAGCUCACGGUGGAGCAGAAGCCCAAGAAGAUCAGGGUGCAGCUGGACUGGGACGGAGGAAAGCUGUCAUUCUCCGACCCAGAUAAUGGCGCACACCUGCACACUUUCACUCACACCUUCACCGAGAGAGUGUUUCCAUACUUUGUGUUCUUAGAUGACUCCUCUUACAAGAUCCUACCAAUGAAAUGUAGUACUAGUCUGAAUCCUCAAAGUUAGAGAUUAAUCAGUCACUGUGUUACCAAAGAACAUGGAACACUGAAUGUAGAAACGGGUAUCCUAGUUAAGAGUCAUCGGCAUGACUUUAAGACUAUAAAAGUCUGCUUGUAAUGAUAUA